UACCGCAUUUCAAAGGGACGGAAAUAUAUAUACGACGGACAAGCAUGGGGACCUCAGGCGCAGCUCGUCAGGUUCUCCGAUGGGCUGUGAGAACCACCGCCGCCUCCUCUCCGUUCAGUCCUCUUCAGUUCGGGAGAUGCCGCCUCCUGCCUCCAGGAUUCUUCUGUUCCUCCAUCAGACAAAAUAACCACAACGUUAGUCGGGUGUCCGAGAAGCCAGUCACAGAGCUGUCCCUGCAGUCUUUGGUCGACAUGGGAUUCACAGACACCCAGGCAGAGCAGCUGUAUGAGGCCGUGUCCAACGUCAGAGGAGGAAGUAAGGCCAAACAUGCUCUGUCAACUCUCACAGCUCUGUUCGUUUUGGGGCUCAACCCCUCCAGUGUGGAGAAGCUGCUGCAGAAAUGCCCUGAACUGUGCACCGUGAAGGAGACGCAGCUUCAGCAGCGCAUAGGCAACCUGCGGAAGAUGGGUUUCGUCGAAGGCAGUCUUCAGAGAGUGGUGGCCCAUUACCCCCAGAUCCUGACUGUGCCCGUGAAGACAGUAAAGCACGUGGUGAUGUUUCUCAGAGAGAAUUGCCUGUUCACUGGGCAGCAGGUCACAGAGCUCCUCAGAGACAGUCCGGCCAUGGUCCUCGAGGAUCUGGGUCAGCUGGAGUACAAGUUUCAGUACGUCUACUUCCGAAUGGGUGUCAAACAGGCGGCGAUGAUUAAGUCCAGGCUGUUCCGUUUCCCUAUGGACGAGGUUCGCUGUCGACACAGUUUUCUGGAGCGCAGGGGUUUGUACCAAACACCAGACAAGAAAGGACAGACUGUCGUCAUCAACCCUACACUGGACAGCAUCCUUAGUGUCGACCAGGACACCUUCCUUACAGAAGUCGCAAAGGCGUCGGUAGAGGAGUACGACGUCUUUCAACGACUCACGGCAAGAGAAUGGCAGGAAGAAGAGAUCGAGCGUGGCAGCGUCAAAGCUGAUGGUGAUGAUUCUGAUGAGGAAGUGGAGGAUGAAGACGAUAAGGAGACCAGAGGCAGGAGUGGAUACAGAAAGAAAAGAAAGAAAUGACGACAUGAGGGACUGAGAGGACUAUAAAAUUUAAAGAGGAAAUGACACAUGAUGGAGAAUGAAACAAUAAAAUGUUUCCUUUCAACUGUU